CUCUCACCCGUCCAGUGAAUUCUUCUUUAAUUGGCUCCAGCCUCGAUACCCUCUCUGAUUGGCGGAGCGGGGGUUGCCGUGGCGACGCGUGCGGAGUGUUUCGGGGACCUGGCGCCAAGGCGAGGAUGGGGUCGGGGGGCGGCCUGAGGCAGCCCCAGUGCCACAAAGCCCAGAUCUGCAUGUGGUGAGUAGCAGCCAUGCCUUCCAAAGGGGACUGUGGUGCUGCUCAGCUCCAGAGGCUCUCCAUCUCAGUGCUUGAUGAGCCAUCCCCAUGUGGUGGCUCUGCAUGGCUCUCAUCCACCUCCCCAUCCCAGAGGCAACAGCAGUCCAGUACCAGGAAGUACCUGGACGCUCACUCCAUGGACCUCAUCGACAAAGCACAGACCAGCGACCAGCUGAAGAGGUGGCCCCCUCUCUCCAGGGUGCUGGCAGAGCAAUUCCAGCUGCAGGACUGGGAGUCAGACCCCCGGGCUGCCAUACUGCUGGAUCUCUACUUCUACACGAUGCAGUUCAGCCGGGAGCACAAUUUUACCCGGGAGCAGAGCUCCGCCUUCUUCGCCAUCGUCCGGGACACCCAUGAGGCCUGCGUGGAGACACCACUGCCCAACGUGGAGGAAUGUUACCACUACCUCACCGAGCUGCUCUUCUGCCACGCCAUCCGGAGGCCUCCGUUCAGCAUCGACCUCUUCAGCCAGGAGCAGCUGGCACUCAUCAGCGACUACGUGGUGAACACCUACUUCCGCCACUUCAAGCUGUACAAGUACGCCUUCACGCCGCAGGUCCGGCUGGACAUAUCGCUGUCCUAUGUGGGACUGCCGGAGCCAGAGCCUGCUGCCGAGCUGGGAGAGGUGGGGGACAGUGUGAAGGUGCCGGUCUCCCCAGUGGAAGAGGAGGAAGCUGAGAGUGGAACCACAGCCCCCAGUGAGAGCCCCACGGCCCCGCUGCGGGAAUACAUCUCGGCUCAGCUCUGCCAGGAGCUGGCCCAGCUGCGGCUGGCGAUGGAGGAGCAGCUCCGGGCGAGCGAGGAGCAGUUCAACACCAAGCUGGCCCUGCUGGAGAAGACAUCCACCUCCCCCAAGGGGGGCGGCCGAGGCCACCGGAAAUGAGGCGAGGGGGGAGUGCAAUAAAGGGCUCCACAUGAA